CUCUAUGGCGGUGCCCGGCGCGGGUCCUGCCGGGAAGGGAGCGGCGCGGCUCGGCCUCGCAGCCUGAGCGGCGGCAGCGCCGCCAUGUCCGGGGGCAGCAGCGCCGGCGAGUGGUGCCUCAUGGAGAGCGACCCGGGCGUCUUCACCGAGCUCAUCAAGGGCUUCGGUGAGGGUCGAGCGCGGCCGGGCUGUAGAGGAGCACAAGUUGAAGAAAUAUGGAGUUUGGAGCCAGAGAACUUUGAAAAAUUGAAGCCAGUACAUGGGCUGAUUUUUCUCUUCAAGUGGCAGCCUGGAGAGGAGCCAGCGGGUUCUGUUGUCCAGGAUUCCAGACUGGAUACAAUAUUUUUUGCUAAGCAGGUCAUAAAUAAUGCCUGUGCAACUCAAGCCAUAGUAAGUGUGCUGUUAAACUGUGCUCAUCAAGACAUUCAUCUAGGAGAGACCUUGUCAGAAUUUAAAGAAUUUUCCCAAAGCUUUGAUGCUGCAAUGAAAGGUUUGGCACUGAGCAACUCAGAAGUGAUUCGGCAAGUUCACAACAGUUUUGCCAGACAACAGAUGUUUGAGUUUGAUGCAAAGUCUUCAGCAAAGGAAGAAGAUGCCUUUCACUUUGUAAGCUAUGUUCCUGUUAAUGGGAGGCUAUAUGAGCUAGAUGGCUUAAGGGAAGGACCAAUUGAUUUAGGUGCAUGCCAUCAGGAUGACUGGAUAAGUGCAGUGCGGCCCGUCAUAGAGAAGCGCAUACAAAAAUACAGUGAAGGUGAGAUAAGGUUUAACCUGAUGGCUAUUGUGUCUGACAGGAAGAUGAUAUAUGAGCAGAGGAUUGCAGAGCUACAGCAGCAACUGGCAGAGGAGGAGCCUAUGGAUACAGAUCAAAGUAGUAAUAUGUUAAGUUCUAUACAAUCAGAAGUUGCAAAAUACCAGAUGUUAAUUGAAGAAGAGAACCAAAAAUUAAAAAGAUAUAAGAUUGAAAAUAUUAGAAGAAAACAUAACUACCUGCCUUUCAUCAUGGAAUUGUUAAAGACUCUAGCAGAGCACCAGCAGUUAAUACCCUUAGUAGAAAAAGCGAAAGAAAAACAGAAUGCCAAGAAAGCUCAGGAGGCCAAAUGAAGAUGACUUUGCAAAAUACAUACAGUUGCUUCUGAUACUAUUUUCAUGACAACAAAUAAAGCUUUUCAUAAACUUCAA